AAGGACUAGAUGAGCUUUCUGACAGUAUGAAUCUGAUUGACAGGUGCAGUGAGUUGCUUCGAUGUGAUUGGAUAUUCUGGAGGAAGUGUUCUUGUUAAUUUAUCGAAAUCUUGGUACAAUGACUAUAAACAAUAUCUACGAAAGAAGCAACCAGAUGAAUGGCAUACCUUAUUAUAUAAUGAGAAACACAAUGCAUGGACUAACAAAGGAAGAUUUACACUGGUUCGUGAUAAAAAUGAAAAUUUUAUGUUCUUGAUUAGCGAUAUGAAAACAGAAGAUUCUGGAAGAUAUCGGAUUGGGGUUGUUAACAAAUGGUCUAUUGAUAUGACCCUGACUGUGAGAGAAGAUUCAUGUUGUGAGGCUUCACAGACAGUGAUGGUGAAUACUGGAGAAACUGCAAACUUCAGAUGUCAAUAUUCACAGGAUUAUAAAACUGAUGACAAGGUCAUCUUCAAGAAAGAAAAAAUAUCCAUUGUGAUGAUCUACAGCACAUGGAGGAAGACAGAGAGAUUCAGUAUUUCUGAUGACAGAGAUAAAAACCUCUUCAGUGUGAGAAUAACUGACGUGAGUUCAGAAGAUGCAGGAGUUUAUUUAUGUGGAGUUCAGCGUUACAGAGACUCCUACACGUACUUCAUUAUUACUGCUGUUCAUCUCAACAUUAUGAGUCAAGUGGGUGUGGUCAAAGUGAGUGGAUACUCAGGAGGUCAAAUCAUCUUCAAGUGUCAUCACCCUCAAUACAAAAAUAACCCAAAAUAUCUGUGUAAAGAAUCAGAUGGAUGUUCUGAGAGGAAAUCUCCAUCAGUUCAGGAUCAAUGGAUGAAGAAUGGAGAUGUUUCUCUAUAUGAUGACACCACAGCAGGAGUCUUGAUGGUGUAUUUUAGAGAUCUGAAUGCUGGAGAUGCUGGGACGUACAGGUGUGGAGUGAAAGUAUCUCAAUAUACUGAGAGCUUCACUGAAAUACAGAUGGACAUUAAACAGGCGCUGACACACUGGUGGGUGAAUCAAUCUGUUUAUGUUGGUGAUGAAGUCAAUAUUAGCUGUCAGAUCCCAGAGGAACAUCAAGUCUCAAAACUCUUCUGUAAAGAGGAUGAAAAUCACAUCUGCCAAAACAUCAACACAUCUAAAGUUAAACUGAAUGAUUUAUCUCCUAAAAGUGUUUUUACUGUGACCAUCAGUAAUGUGACAGUGAGAGAUGCUGGAGUUUACUGGUGUGGAGCAGAAACCACUGAGAGAGAUUUAACUUUGAUCUCCCUGACCACUAAAGUUCAACUCAAUUUGAUCAUGUGUCCACUGCAUUUAAACAUCAGAAGGGAUUUCUCUCUGAUCAUUAUUGUGUGUGUUUGUGUUUGUCUGCUUCUGAUUGGAGGAAUCACUCUUAUUGUUGUUUGUAAAUUCAGACACAACAAGACAGCAGGUCCUGGAUCAGCACAACCCACAAUCCCAUCUGAUGAUCUGCUGUACGCUGCUGUCAGUUUCCACAAGUAUGAAGAUUCAGUCAGUAAAGAGGAGAUUUUAACCGACUACACCACUGUCAGUCGACACACAAGACUAAAGUAACUUUUAAAGAGAUCAAAGUGACAAUUACUUUAAGAUUUCACUCCAGAUGAGACACUGUAUCGUUCCCUCAUAUAAUCACUAAAACCUCUUACAGUAAAUAUCAGCUGAUGAUUAAACCUUCAGAAUGACUUUUGAGGAUUGACUUACAACAUUGGCACAGUGUUCAUGGAUAAAAUAACAGCUUGAUUUGUUAUCUGAGAUGGAAGAAGAUUAAUUUUUUAUCACAAUAUAUCAGAACUGCUUGACUGAAGAUAUACUGGAAACUAAAAUACUUAAAAUUCUUAAAAUUAUUCAUUAUA